GUUCCUCAUUCCGGUGGCUGUAACAGCCCGCGUCGACUCGCCCACCGACCUGUCAGGCUCCACACAACUGAUGACAAACACACUGGUGACGGAUCCCCAGACCAGAAGGUGCUGCGCUGUGGAUGAACUGCAUCCCUAACGGGUCGACUUACUGAAAGCGGAAGAAUGGGCUGCAUGGAGUCAGUGCUGAGCAGCAGCGUGGAGGGAAAGAUCAGCCAGCAGACCGUGCACACGGAGCGCUCGCACUACGUCAAAGACCCCACCUCCAAUGCAAGAAACAGCACCAACAACUCCCUGUUACCUGGUCAGGUGUUUCAGAACAUGGAAGAGCAAGAAGGGGCUCAUAAGGUUGUUGUUGGGCUUUACACGUACGACUCUGUGCACCCCGACGACUUGGGGUUUAAGAAAGGAGACAUGAUGAAAAUCCUAGAAGAACAUGGCGAGUGGUGGAAAGCAAGGUCACUUAAAACCAACAAGGAAGGAUUCAUCCCGUCCAAUUACGUAGCGCAGGCCGACACCAUGGAGACAGAGGACUGGUUUUUUAAGGGCAUCACGAGGAAGGAGGCUGAGAGGCAGCUGUUGUCUUCCGCCAACAAAGUGGGCUCUUACCUCAUCAGGGAGAGCGAAAUGCCCAAAGGCACCUACGCCCUGUCCAUCAGAGAUGCCGACCCCAGCGGCACAGAUUCAGUCAAACACUAUAAGAUCCGAACCCUAGACAACGGUGGCUGCUUCGUCUCCCCCAAGAUUUCCUUCCCUGACAUCGGCAGUAUGAUCAAACACUACCACAAUAAAGCAGAUGGUCUGUGUCGGAAAUUGGAUCGCCCCUGUGUGAAGCCCAAAGCUCAGAAGCCGUGGGACAAAGAUGCAUGGGAAAUUUCCAAGGACUCCAUCAGGAUGGUGAAAAAACUGGGAGCCGGGCAGUUUGGAGAAGUGUGGAUGGCGUACUACAACAACGCGACCAAGGUGGCGGUGAAGACGCUGAAGCCCGGGACCAUGACUGUGGAGGCCUUCAUGGAGGAAGCCAACGUCAUGAAGACGCUGCAGCACCACAGGCUGGUCAGACUCUACGCUGUGGUCACCAAGAGCGAGCCCAUAUACAUCGUGACUGAGUUCAUGGCCAACGGGAGCCUGCUGGACUUCCUGAAGAGUGAUGAGGGGUGCAGGCUGCAGCUGCCCAAGCUCAUCGACUUCUCAGCACAGAUAGCAGAGGGCAUGGCCUACAUAGAGAAGAGGAACUACAUCCACAGGGACCUGAGAGCCGCCAACGUCCUGGUCUCAGAUAAUCUGCUGUGUAAAAUCGCAGACUUCGGGCUGGCGCGAGUCAUCGUGGACGACGAGUACAGCGCCAGAGAGGGAGCCAAGUUCCCCAUCAAGUGGACCGCUCCAGAGGCCAUUAACUACGGCUCCUUCACAAUCAAGUCCGACAUGUGGUCCUUUGGAGUUCUGCUCUACGAAAUCAUCACCUACGGGAAAAUUCCCUACCCCGGCAUGUCCAAGGCCGAGGUGAUGUCGUCUGUGCAGCGCGGCUACCGGAUGCCGCAGCCCGACGGCUGCCCCAGCGCCCUCUACAGGGAGAUGCAGUCCUGCUGGAAGAGCAAACCUGAGAACAGACCCACCUUUGACUACAUGCAGAGUGUCCUGGACGACUUCUACACUGCCACAGAGGGACAGUACGUGCAACAGCCGUAGCGAGAGACCGCCACAGACUCUUCUUGUCAAUUCCUGCUGAUUAUGUUUGAAGCCACAUCUCUGUAUAUAAUGUAUGACACGUUACAAAUGUAUUUAUAUGUUGUAAUGUUUUUAAUAUUGGCUUUUAUACCCAUAUAUGAAUUUUGUAGGUUAGUUUGAUUUUAAACUAUACUGCGGCCACUCAACGCUGUGUAAGUAUUACAUUGUGUUCAGCUUUAACUUCUUUCAAUGCACAUUCUAAAAUACUAAGAGAUCAAAAGACAGGUUGUGUUAGUGAUGUAUGUAUCGACUCAGUUUUAACAGAUGUGUAAAACAGAUGCGUGGUCUCAGCUGAUUUUGGGAAGAGAAAAUAUAAAAAGAUUGGAUGAGUUUUUUCAGCUGCUCUGUGGCUCUGUGUAAAUAGUUUGGCAUGUAAACAGGCCCAGCUACAGUAUAUGCAGCAUUACAUGUAAUAAUUAUAUGUUAUAAUCAUGCAUCGUUUUGUACUGAACAAACACAGUGGUGUGGUAUAACUUCAGAAUGAAUUUCAGCACGUUUUUUUUUUUUAUUACAAAAGCAACAUAAAAACUUGAUGCCCACUUCAUAUUGAAGUGCAGUGGCUUUUGUUGUUUCUGUUUGUUUUGCAUUUUUACAUUUGGAAUCUACAGUCUUUACCAUUUCAUCAGAACAAAGUGAUUUGUCAUGGCACUGGAUGUUAUUAAUUAAUGUAUUAAUGAAUGAAGGAAACUUGUAUUUGUAUGUGAAUCUUACACAGUUGCUGAAGCAGAAUGUACCAUUCAGAUUUUUUCAGGUUUUUAUUUUUUACCACAGUAUGUGAAAUGAAAAAUCUAGUGAAUAUUAAACUACAUGGACAAAAGA